UUUUGCAGGCGGGCCGGACUUUGGAGCUGCCCCUUCCCGGAGGAGGAAGGAGGCAGGCCGGGGCGGGGCGGCCGUGAAAGAAGAAGGGGAAGGCGGCGGCGGUAGCUGCACAGGCUCCGUCGGUAUGGAGAUCCCCGCCGUUAACCUGAAGGCCAUCGUCCUGGUUCACUGGCUCCUGACCAUAUGGGGAUGCAUGGCGCCUUGGCUACCCAACACGUACAGCUGGAGCAACUUCACUGUGCUGGCUCUGGGCGUCUGGGCAAUUGCGCAGCGAGAUUCGGUGGAUGCCAUCUUCAUGUUCCUGACCGGCUUGCUGUUGACCAUCCUGACCGACAUUGUCCACUUCAGCCUCUACUACCAGCUGUUGAAGCUGACCGAUACCAUACGCUUCUGCACUGGCAUGGCCAUUUUUAGCCUCCUCCUCAAGCCUUUGUCCUGCUUCUUUGCCUACCAGAUGUACCGAGAACGGGGCGGAGAGUACGCCCUGAACCUAGGUGUGUUUGGCGUCAGCCAGGAUACCAGUGCCUACCAGUCUAUUGAUACUCCAAACCCGCCGCGCCCGUACCCCGACGUGGCGAGCAAGGGAGCACCUCCACCUUCUUACUGACAGCCUUUUGCAGAGAGCUGAAGCAGCUGGUCCCUCUUUGUAUCUUCUUUGGAAAGGAACCUUACUUGUUUUCUCUCGGUGUGCCAUUCUCCGACUGGAGGAGACGCUGGAGGGAAAGUUACCCCUGGCCCAUAAUUCACCCCCCCAAAAUACGUGCUUUUCAGCAGGCAAAAGGCACAGCAACUCCCCCCCCCACUUCAUGUCGUCCAGCGUGGCUCGUGGCAUCGGUGACCGACCUGGCCUGGUUGAUGUUUGCAGAAGACGGCGGCUGGAGAAACGGCUGAAGGUCGGAGAGAGAGAGAGAGAGAGAGAGAGAGGCGGUGAACAUUAUCGCAAACGUCGCCCCCAACUGCAAUUCCUUUAUUCCCAAUAGAUUUGCUUUAAAGUGCCUUCAAUUUUCUUUUUCUCUGGAAUUUUAUUUUCGGGAAGAAUUA